CAGAAUCCCUUCAUUAUAUUACAUCAUCCGCAAAAUUUGUUUAGGAGCAAGGCAAAUCUUCAAUCAUUAACUGUUUUUCUAAUUUACUUUCUCAAAUUUGGUUUGGAUGGGAUUCGAAGUUAUGCUGCAAGGAAUAUUAAAGGUGAAAAAUAGUCUUAAAUCUUAUCUCAAUCCGAAACUGACAGGCCACGGUCGUCUGCGGUAGCGAAUAGCUUAAGGUUUCAGGGCUCGACUCGCUCUUUCUUCAAGCAAAGCGGUUUUGCGAUCGGGAAAGCCCUUAUAACUGCGCUGCAUCAGAUAGGCUAUAACCAGCCUACAUCAGGCACCAUAUUUUGCAGCUGGGGAGUAAAGCCUAUUGUACGAAUGAUGCACCAGCACCUGUUGAACCCUGAAAUGAAGAUGGACAAAGGAAAACAGGAUUGUGUCCUCGGUGAUCCCCAGGUUCCUUGCGUGGCAUCAUCCACCCGCCGUGUUGCUGCAAGGGAAAUGCCUUUCUUUUAUAUUUCCCUCUGAUCAAAUGAAAAUGAAUAAGAGACCAGAGGAGAUAGCAUACGUGACAAUCCAGAGUUUUUUUUUUUGUCACCUUUAUUUAACCAGGUACGCCAGUUGAGAACAAAUUCCCCAUUUACAACUGCGACCUGGCCAAGAUAAAGCAAAGCAGUGCGACACAAACAACACCACGGAGGUACACAUGGGAUAAACAAACGUACAGUCAAUAACACAAUAGAAAACCAAAAAAUAGGCCGUAGUGGCGAAAUAAUUACAAUUUCGCAAAAUAAACACUGGAGUGAUAGAUGUGCAGAAGAUGAAUUGUAUUGCCUGUAGUGGGCCUAGCCCAGGGGACUGGAAGAGAUCAUUAAGUGGUGAUUGCCAUCAAACCUAUUGACUCUUAUAUUGCCUCUUAUUUCAAUAUACUGGACUUGUCUGAUUUAACUAGAAUAUUAUUUAAAAAAUACAUAGAUCAGAAACCCGUGCGUUCUGAUAAUGGAUAACAGUGACCAGUGCAUCCCAGACUUGUGCCUACACAGUGUUGAUGCUGAUACACCACCUGCCUGUCACGAGAAAGAGCAGGUGGACAAAAUGGCUUUGCUGAUGCAGGACUUCGUUGGAAAUAUACCCGAGAUAACAGAUCCAGACGAGAAUCAAAACUUUGGGUACCAGUGUAUUAGGGAGACUAAUAGACCACUUGUUGAAAUGGACAAUGGAAGGAUGGGUCUUGGAUUUUAUAAUGGUUGCCAACCAAGGAAUGGCUCAGGAAAUGCAAAUGAUGAUCAAAAGCAUAUGUCAUUAACACAUUGCAAUACCCCACAGCUCAACAAAGAGCAGCCCUGUUCAAUAGAGCGCGAUGCGGUAGAGGAUAAUUGCCGCGCACAGGCUGACGUGGCGCACAGCCUGGGAUAUUCCGUCUGCUGCCUGGAUGACGAAACGCAAGCACAGAGCACCCCUCUCGUGUGUGAAGUCAGCGGAGGAGCUGUGAAAUAUCACUGUCUGAUUGAUAAAGCGAGUUCCCAGGUGGAGCAUAAGGAGGGGAGCUCUACGUCUGUCACCUAUUGUAUCGCUGCAGAAGCGCUGACAAUACAUCAGCGCGGACAGACAGGCAGUGCGGGACAGAAUGCUGCGUGGGGAGAAAGCGACCCAGACGCUACACAGGGAAACUCAGCACUGCAGUCGAGGCAGGAAGGAUGUGGAUAUGGAAACGGAGUCUUUGCUUCUAAAGAGGAGACGGAUUUAGUGAUUGAAGUGUCUGGAAAGAAACUUGGAGCGCAUAAAGCCGUUUUGGCAGAGAAAAGUGACUAUUUCAAGGCGCGGCAGUCCCGAGACGUAUUGCGAGUGAAGGGGGUGAGUUUUAAGACUUUGACCAUUUUGGUGGAUUACAUUUACUCAUGCCGAAUGGAGGUUAGUAAGGAUAAUAUUGUAGAGGUCAUCACCGGAGCUAAAAUAUUACAAAUCCCCUGCGCGGUUCAAGCUGCUCUCGAUACAAUGUCGGAGCAGAUUACCGCUGAGAACUGCUAUGAUAUUUUGACAAUAGCCAAAAAGCAACGUCUCAGCGAGUUGAAGGAGAAAGCCUACAAGUACAUGAGUGACAAUUUCUUGCAAAUACUGCGGGAUCCCGGUGUCUAUGGGCGUUUGACCGGAGGGGAGAGAGAACUAAUUAUCACCAGGAGAAUGGAGGGAAAGAGGGCGUUGAUGGUGGCUGAAAUCAACGAGGUGUAUGACGGCACCGGGAGCAGACCUACAAGUCGUGAGAACAGUCGCCCUCAGAGCCCUCUAUCCAUAGUGUCCCUGAAUGAGAAUCGUGUGAUCUACUAUUACAACACGGAGACAAAGGACUGGAAAGUGCUGACGAAGAUGCCGGAUGAAAUCAACACAAAGGGCUCUGGGAUAUGCACCAUGUACAAUUACCUAUUCGUGGCAGGGGGAAUGAAAAGGCAGGACGACAAAGGCAAGGUCUCGGACAAGGUGUUCUGCUACAACCCACUCACUGACAGCUGGAGCGAAAUUCGACCGCUCACCGAGGGUCGGUCUCAGCUCAAACUGGUGGCCAUGGACGGCUACCUGUUUGCAAUCGGAGGGGAAUGUCUCUUUACGGUGGAGAAAUAUGACCCUCGCCUGGAUAGAUGGCGCCCAGUGGCGCCACUACCAAAAGGGGCUUUUGCUAUUGCGCACGAGGCAACAACCUGUAAUGGAGAGAUGUUCGUGUCCGGAGGCUCUCUAUUUUAUCGUCUGCUAAGAUAUGACACUAAAAGAGACGACUGGGAGGAAUGCCCGUUCAACAACAGCAGGAAGAAAUCCACCGACAUGGUGGCGUUCAAAAACUUCAUCUACAGGUUUGAUGUCAACCGUGACUACGGUGUCAACGUGUUCAAAUACAACACCGUGGUAAAGAUAUGGCACAACAGUGCGUCCCUGGAGCAGACCAACCCCUUGCCCUUUCGCUGUGCUGUCAUUGGCAACACCAUUUACUGUGUGAACAAGUCCCAAACAUUGCAGUUUGUUGUGGAAGAGGAGAAUGAACAGUUUUUGCCUGAGGCACUGGCACUCAAAGCACCUGUAGAGGCAAAAGGUGUCCUUGUCCCAUUUGUCCUGGCUCUUCCCAAGACAGCCUGAGACAAAUGCACAAUAAUGACCUCUUUGGAGACUCACUAAAAGUGGCCUCAGAAUUGUCAUAUGAGGACAAAAUAUCUUGUGUUUGAUCAAAUACCCACAGUGCACACCACAUCAUUUCAACAUGGAUAAUUGGGUAAUAUUUAGUUGAGAAGUUGAUAAAUGAGAUUACAACCCAUAUUCACCCACUCAAAAAGACAGUCAAAAGUGAGUUGAAUUUCCAAUGUGUUAUCACUCACGAUGCUUUCAACCAUCUAAAAGCACAACCAAAUUCCAAUGGAAAAACGAUUUUUGCUUUCGUUGCCAUCCAAAUGGAUAUCACUGCGCUUUCAACCAUUUAAAAGCGUUGCAAAGUUAAAAUGGGAACGCAAUAUCAGAUAUUUUGUUUAUUUAUACAACAGAUUCAUGUAUUAUCACUGUGCUUCAUUCUAACAGCAGAACACAAGUUGGAUUGCAGUUGAAAUUACAUUAUAAGUACAUGGUGCAAGUGAUCAAUGCCGUUCGAUAUUCUGCACAGAUUAUUAUAGCAAUUGUGAAGCUCUCCGCAGACCUGCAACAACCGACAGUAUGCAUGCUAUCUUGACCAUGCACAGUCUAUAUAAUUAAAUAAGAAUACAUUUAUAGUUACAGUAACCUCAAAUGUGGCCAUGGAUGAGUUACCCGUUUUAAGAUGGAAUGUUACAUUGGUUUGUAAAAUAGCCUUAACUUUAGGCUAUUUACUGUAUUUCAAAAGUAAUAUUGAAUUGUGUUUGGUUGACAACACAUCCAAAUAUCAAAAUUUAAAGGAUAUUUAUCUAUUGCUUGGAUAGUUCCAUCCGAGCCACUGUCAUAAUCCUAUUCUUCCAUUUCAAUUUUGGGUUUAGUUGUCAACGCAACCAAAUAUCAACAUUUGAAGGAGAUGAAUCUUCUGCUUGGUUAGUUCCAUCAGUGCCACUGACUUAGUCUGGCUUUAUCCCAGUUUGUCAACAAAUUAAUAAUUGAUAUGUUGGAUUCACGUCUCCAUCUCAACCAUAAAUCUAAGUUAAAGAGUAGGACUAAAUCAAAUCAAACUUUAAAUGCACUUCAAAUAAAGUUUUAUUAGAUUUAGUCCUAUUCUUUAACUUAGAUGUAUGGUUCCGCCCAGCCUAUAUUUUUUUCUGAUAGCAGAUAUUAUACUGAUCAGUUCAUUUGUAUAUUUAUAAUUAGUAGGAUAAUCUGUUUUAACAAACCUUUAUUAUAUUUGUACUUAUGUAUUGUAUAUUGUUUGUUUGUGAUGUGGUUUUCAUAUAAACCCUUGGGCUUCCAACCACACCUGCACACACACCGGUUUUUAUUUUGUUAUUUGUUUUCAUCUGUAUAUUUGUCUAUUACUUGUUUUCUUUUGUGCAAAUAAAUAAAUAAAAUAAAGUUAUAAUGUUGAAUAUCUGA